AUGCUAGCCACAGUGGAUGGUGCGGCCGUGUGCUCUGCCGCGGCCGGCAAGCAGCCGGGAUCGCAGGCGUGGCCCGCGCUGCCCGCCUCCCCGCCCUCCCUGCUGACAUCGGGCACACCUCUGGAGCCUGCGCCCUCGCUGGAGGAGGCCCUGGGCUCGCUGACGGUGCACGACAAGGGGGCAGGUUGCCUGGCCCCGGGGCACGGCACAGGCGGCGGCAGCGGCGGCGCGGGGAGCCCCACCGGCGGCGGGACGCCGCCCGCCAGCGAGGCCUGGGUGCUGACCGCUGGCCUGGCCUCCUCUGCUGCCACAUCCGGCCUCUCCCCUGAUAUCAGGCAAGUUCCCAUGCCUGCCGUCAGUCAACACAAGAGGGGCAACAUGUUCGGCCCCCUCGAGUCGCGCGUGGAGCUGGCGCCAGCACUGCGGGCAGCGCUGCUGCAGCAGGCACAGGUGCAGCAGGGGCGGCGUGAGCAGCGCCGCGCCCCGGCGACGGCGGCGCUGAUGCAGGCGCAGCAGGCGCGGGUGCACCUGCACGGCAUGGCUGUGCCCACUGGCCGUGCCGCAACGCCUGCAGCCUCGGCCUCCCUCAUCAGCGGAGGCCUCAUGACACCCUCCCACUCUCUGGACGACCUCACAGCACCGGGCUCCCUCCUAACCGGAGCCAUGUCCCGGGCGCCAUCCGCGGCGCUGGCGCCAGAGCUGCAGGCAUUCCUGCUGCAGCAGCAGCAGCCGGACGAGGCUGCCGCCAGCUGGGCGACCGCGCACAACAACAGCUGCGGCAGCUUGGACCUCCUGAGCCAGGCCAGCCUGCAGGCAGCCGAGCCCCUCGCCACCCUGCGCCCGUCCCCCACGCCGCAGCUCACCGGCGCUGGCGGCGGCGCCGGCGCCGGAUUUGAUUGGCCAUUGGAGGGCACGCAGCUGCCGUGCCUGCCUGGCUCCCUUGCCGCGGCUGCAGCCCCGCAGCUGGGCGUGCUGCCCCUGAGCGGAGGCAGCAGCGGCCCAACCAGCAUGUCGGCUUACCAGGCCGGCCCCUGGACACCAGCCUGCUUCCCCGCGCCGCAGGCAGCGCUGCCGGCCGGGCCGGCGUUCCCGCAGAGCCUGCCGCAGGUGCUGGGGGCACAGCUGCCUGCGCACCUGCAGUCCCUGCUGCUGCAUGAGCAGCAGCACAGCGCGGCCCUGCUGCAGCCCUUCCCCUCCAGCCACGGGCUGCCGCGGCCCCGCCUGUACCACCCCCAUCCGCAGCAGGCGGUGCAGGGCCUGGCCCGCAGGCUGGCCCAGGCCGCCACCCAGGACCCUCCGGAGCUGCUGGUGGGGCCGCAGGGCCGCUACCAGCCCUACUGCCAGCAGGUCAUCUCCGCCCGCCUCAACCACGCCGCCACGAGCGCCCUGAGCAUCAUCAGGCUGCUGCAGUCGCGAGACACGCCCGCCAUCGCCGCCCAGAUCGGCAAGCGCUACUACUGCUCCCUCAAAGAGGUGGCCAAGGUGGUGGGUGGGGCGCGCUGCCUCCUGGUGGCCCCUGACGUCCAAAUCUCCUCCACAGCCAACAUCAACCCAGUGCGUGCUCUGCAGCGCAUACUGUUGGAUGCCCAAGCCGCCGGUGUGCCCGUCAUCUUUGCCCUCAGCCGCCGAGGGAUCGGCCAGGUGUUUGGGCGGGACAAGUCUAUGUCGAUUGUGGCCAUCAUGCGGCUGGAGGGGCUGGAGGGGGAGUAUGGGGUGAUGGUGGAGGAGGCGAUCCAGGGGCGCCAGCUGUACAUGCAGCACCGUGGCGGGGCCCCCACCGCCGCUGCCCUUGCCCCCAUGGGCGGCCACCUGCCAGGCGUGCCUGUCGCUGGCGACAUUGGCGCCGCCGCCAUUGCCGCCAUACAGCGAGCGCAGGCCGCCCUGUCGCUGCCUGCUGCUCAGCUUGGCAUCCGGCCGUAG